GCGCCAACAAGAAACGCAGAAGGGGGGCAGCGGCCUCACGAAGCAUUCGCCUCGCACUGCCUCUGAGUGGCCCAAACUGCCGGAGGACGGGGGUGUACGAGCAAACGGGCAAGGAGGAAAGGCUCGUCGAAUUCUCCUGAUUUAAGAAGGUUGACUUCUACAAUAUGAAUCGACUUCCAGAUUUAGGCAAACUCUGCAACAGAUUUACUUACUAUAGUUUAAUUAGAUCUAGCCCAAAUUGCUUAAAUAUAUGGGUCAGAAACAUACACUCUUCAUUAGCAAAUGAAUGUGGAGCUGAAGAAAAAUCAGUCAAUGUUUAUGCUGAUGAAAAGUUACACUGCGGUGUAGUCAACGAACAAUGUCAUCGUCAACUUCAUAUUCCUGUUAUGGUUAAAGAAGUUGUUAAUCUUUUAGAGCUGCAGCAAGGACAGUGUCUUCUCGAUAUGACAUUUGGAGCAGGAGGCCAUGCCAAGGCACUUUUGCAAAAAGCAGCAGAUAUUAAAAUAUAUGCACUUGACAGAGACCCCACAGCUUUUGAAUUAGCUCAGCAGCUUUCUGAAUCUCAUCCGCAACAAAUUCAACCUCUUCUAGGACAGUUUAGUCAAGCAGAAGCCUUGUUAACUUCUGCUGGAGUACAGCCAGGGAGUCUGGAUGGAGUUCUUUUGGAUGCUGGUUGUUCUUCUCUGCAACUGGAUACUCCAGAAAGAGGUUUUUCCUUGCGAAAAGAUGGCCCUUUGGACAUGAGGAUGGAUGGGGACAGGUAUCCUGACAUGCCCACCGCUGCUGAUGUUGUGAAUGCUUUAGAUCAACAGGCACUUGCGUCCAUCCUGAGAGCAUAUGGGGAAGAGAGGCACGCCAAGAAAAUAGCUUCAGCGAUUGUUCAGGCACGCAGCAUAUACCCCAUCACCAGAACUCAGCAGCUUACCAGCAUUGUUGCAGGUGCUUUCUCUGAAGCAGCUUUAUAUGCUCGAAAAGACUUACUUCAAAGACCAACACAUAUUGCUACCAAAACUUUCCAAGCAUUGCGCAUAUUUGUGAACAAUGAACUUCAUGAACUCCAUGCAGGAUUAAAGGUAGCUGAGAAGUUUCUAAAACCUGGAGGUCGACUUGUAGCAAUUUCUUUCCAUUCAUUAGAGGAUCGUAUCAUCAAGCGAUUUCUUUAUGGAAUAGAUAUUUCAGAAAAAUUCAACCUCAAUGUAAGGCAAAAGAUAAGGCAAAUGGGAAGGAUUUCUUCUGAACAAGAGCCUGUUGACAAUGUUAAUUCAAGAUGGACUGCCAUAGGAAAGAAGGUCCUUACUCCCCAGGCUACAGAUAAUGAUGAAAAUCCAAGAGGGCGCUCAGCAAAGCUGAGAGGAGCUAUCAAAUUGUAAAUUACUAUUUUUCCUAUUUUGCAGUGUCUUUAUAAUAUUUACCAUGCACAAUUUAAAAAGAGUUUAAAAACCUUAGCAGUUUUAAUGGUACUCUUUAUUUCUAAUUACAUUGAACAUUGAAGAACAGAACAUCACAUGAUAGAAUAAAUCUUUUGAAGAACUUAAGGUUGCAAAUAGAUACAUUUGCAUUGCUCUAAAAAAAAUGUGUGCAUAUUAAAUGAGGAGUAAAAUGUUGGUUUUUUUGAGCUGUAUACAACUUAUCAUUUUACACAAAUAUUCACUAAGACUUUAAGUAGUUCAUAAAUCAUUGUCCUAUAUUAUAUUGUAUUUUUGAACAUUAUUAUUUAUUCAUUUAUACUCCACCUUUUUCACUGAGAUCCAAGGCAGAUUACAUAGUGCUAGAAAGAUACAAUAUAAUCAACAGCUAAGACAUUCACUGAACAAGUACCAUAAUGAACAACAGUGAUCAAAUAUUUUCUUCAAAUUAUAACAUACGAGGAUUAAUAUUGGAAAUAUUUUUCACUUUUUAAAAAUUAUACUGCUUUUCCCAAUUU